ACAUGGACUCAGUGGCUCAGUGAGCCACCGACGGACCCGAGAGUCGGACAUAUCCCAGCCAACCAUCCAACGUAGUUAGUCACCGCCAUGUCGAGCAUCGAGGAGAUUCUGGGCGAACUGCAGCGCUUCGCCUGGCCGGACUAUGUGGCCUUCGUCUCGAUGUUCCUGCUCUGCAUCGGGAUCGGAAUAUACUUUGGGUUCAUGAAGAAGUCCGUGUCCGAGGAUGACUACAUGCUGGGCGGGCGCAAGAUGCUGGUCAUACCCAUCGCCUUCUCCCUGGUGGCCAGCUUCGUGUCCGGCAUCACGCUGCUCGGCCUUCCCACGGAGGUGUACUCCUAUGGGGUCCAGUACCUGUACGUGGCCUGCGGAGUCAUCGGAAUGGGCGUGGUGAUGGGCGUGUUCUACCUGCCUGUCUUCCACGACCUGAACAUCACCUCCACCUACGAGUAUCUGGAGGUACGCUUUGACCGGAGGUUACGUCUCUACGGAUCCAUUAUGUUUGCCGUUAUGAAUGUGGCCUAUCUGCCCAUCGUGAUCUAUGUACCGGCGCUAGCCUUCAACCAGGUGACGGGGAUCGGGGUCCAUACGAUCACUCCGAUCGUGUGCAUCAUUUGCGUCUUCUACACGAGCCUUGGUGGCCUUAAGGCGGUGGUCUGGACAGAUGUGGUGCAGGCGGUGUCCAUGCUGGGGGCACUUUGCCUUGUGGCCAUCAAGGGUACCCGGGACAUUGGAGGACCCGGUGUGGUCCUGGAGCGGGCUUGGAACUCGGAUCGCCUGGAAGUGCCAGAUCUCAGCCUCGACCCCACAGUGCGCCAUACUUUUUGGUGUCUGUUCUUUGGAGGGAUUGUCUACUGGACGCAGACCAACGCAGUUUCCCAGAACAUGAUCCAGCGGUAUCUGUCGCUUCCGACCCUGGGUGAUGCCCGGAAAGCGCUCUGCAUCUUCUGCGCCGGUGUGCUCAUCCUAAUGGCGCUCUGCGGCUACAACGGCCUGCUCAUCUAUGCCACCUACCAAAACUGUGAUCCCCUCACGACCAAGCUGGCAAAGGCUCGAGAUCAACUCCUGCCGCUCUUUGUGAUGGAGACCCUGGGCGAACUACCCGGCAUGACCGGACUCUUCAUCGCCGGUGUCUUCAGUGCCGCCCUGAGCUCCCUGUCCACCUGCCUCAACUCCAUGUCCGCCGUGGUGCUGGAGGAUUUCGUGAAGCCGUACGUGAAGCAGCCGCUCUCCAGCUCGGCCACCAAUUGGAUCAUGCGCCUGGUAGUCGUGGGAGUGGGCGCCCUCUGUGUGUGCCUCGUCUACGUGGUGGAGCAUAUGGGUACUGUCCUCCAGUUGACUAUGAGCCUUGAGGCGAUCACGAACGGUCCGCUAUUUGGCAUCUUCACUAUUGGUCUUUUUUUACCCUGGAUCAAUGGAAAUAGCGCUUUGCUUGGCGGAGUUAUGGGUGUGAUAGCCAUGUCGUGGGUGAGUCUUAAUGCCCAGUGGGCCAUCGCCUCCGGAGCCAUUAGUUACCAUACGAAACCGCUGAAUGUGGAGCAAUGCGAUUACAGCUUUAACACGACCACCAGUCUGGCCAACACAACUCACCUAAUGGCAACUGCACAGGACGUCUUUCCGCUUUACCGGAUCUCCUAUAUGUGGUACACCACCUUUGGAGCCUCCAUCACCAUUAUCGUAGCGCUGCUCGCCACCCUGGUCUUUGGCAAAAAUAAUCCCAACAAAGUGGAUCCAGUGCUGCUCACUCCCUGCAUAAGAAAGUUCUUUGCCUUUGGCUCCGAAAAGCCCAUGGAUGCCUACAAGCCCGACAUUCCACUGCAGCACAAGCUCCGUCACGACGAGGUGGCCUUAUGAUCAUCCGAACUCGCUCCCAGUUGGCGACUUCCAACUUUAAAGCUAGGUAAAUGCUUUCAUUUUUCCGCAUCAAAUUUGGAUUGUAUUUUUAAAAAAAUAAAUUAUCACUUGUUUUUAGUGUUUAUAGCUUUGA